CACAAGGCUGCAACUUCACUCUCAGACUGAUUAACAUCCUCCAGCAGGUUUCUGCAGCUGUAGCCAGCAUGUCAAACUCGGACAGGGUUGUCUUAGCUCUGGGAGGAGCGGGGACAGUGGGCUCUGGAGUAGUGAAAGCACUUCUAGACAAAGGUUUCAAAGUAGCAGUGAUCUCCAGGGACAGCAGCCGACUGGAGAGACUCCGUUCAUUUGUCUCUCCCAACACAAAGGAUAACCUCACUACUAUAGUGGGGAAUGUGGGGUCAGAGGAGGGAGCAGAGGAGGCCAAGCAGGCUCUGCUGAAGGCAGUGGGGAAGGUGACAGACAUCGUGUCCUCUCUGGGCUUCAGUUGGUGGCAGGGAGGGCCCCCACACACCCAGACACUCAAAGACCUACACUGGGUGGUUGACACAUUACUUUUCAGCACAUUUGUAUCAUGGAAAGCUUUCUUCCCCUUGGUGAGGGACGACUCCAACUGCACCUACACCUUCAUAACAGGAGGAGCAGGUGAGAAGCUGCUGAUGCCAGGUACGGGUUUCCUGACAGUCGGAGCUGCCAGCACUCUGGCCUUCUGUCAGGUGCUACGAGAAGAGUAUCCUGAUGUAGCCUGCAAGCUCAACCAGGUGAAGAUCAACGCAGGUGUUGCUGCUCCAGACCGCCUGGCACCUGGAUACUUGAACCACCUGGACCUGGGCGAAGCUGUCGCCACCCUUGUGGAAAGACCAAACACGUCCCACACCGUCUUCACCAUCAACUGUCCUGCUGACUUAAAAACUGUGCUUUUGGAGAGGAACCUUUAGAGAAAUCCUUUGUUUUUAUUGUAUCACAUUUACACUUCUUUUGCUCCUAUUUUCACCGAACUCUCCACAAAAAAACAUUGUACAUCUGCUUUGGUUUAUUUGUUUGAGAUACAAACCCCAUUCAUGCUCUCCUUUCAAAUUGUUGUUUCCAAUAUUAUCGUAUAUACCUGCUGCCAUUUCUUGUAUUAAGUAAGCAAUUAAUUCCUCUGCACCAGAUGUAGUCAUACAUCUGUAAAAAUGUGGUGAAUUUGCUAAAUAUGUUGAGCUCCUAAGGCUAACUAGUGGACAAAGCAUUUGAAGAUUCAAGGUACAGAAUAGAAGAAUUUUAGCUCAAAUGCAGCCAAGAUCAGUUAACUUCUCUAACAGCAUGUGUCUUUCCAAACGCUGAUUUUAAGGUUUCCUGUUAAAUCAUGAUGUAGUGUUUUGAUGGGUGGAUGCCAGGUUUCUUCUGUGUGAGUGAGCACAAGAGAUCCCACAAAUUCUGCACUGAUAUACAAAUUACAACUGGUGGCAUAUAUGCAAAAAAUGACAAUAGUUGGCUAGCAGUUGUACAACACACAGGUUUUAGAGUAACCUUGCAAAGCAGAUGGAUAUGCCUUUUUUCUUUGUUUUUCCCUGGUGAAUCCAUCUUGCAAAGCUCCCAUCUGAACCAUUUGGGCUCGGUUAGAAAGUGACAGGACCAA